UAAAGAAGCGAGUUUGGAUUUGGAAACUGCAAAGAUAACAACGCUGGUACGUUUUGCCGUGGUAGAAGAGUCUGUUCCAUCAUUGUGAACCAAUUGGCAGUGACAACGAGGUAAGAACACUUUCUAUAGGUUACUAUCCUUUAUACAACUGUUGAAUUACCAGAGUGCAGUUAUGUAUAUUGGGUUUCCUUUUCAGCUCAUGGCGAAAAUAAAAAGGAGAGCAGCACACUUCAUCACAGAGAAGUGCAAAAUUGAGGCUAUCCAUUACGUUGCCAUGGUUCUAUGGCCAUCAUGGCGUCAUUUGAAGAAACUCACAGCAGACAAAAAGCAAGCCGUGUGUGCUGAAGUUCGACGAUUGUACUCAGAACUGCCCAUCAAUGAGUCCAUUCAAGCAAACAGUGACCACGUUCUUCCCAUGAAAAAGUCCAGGAUGGACUGGAGUUCGGAUGAGGACGACGAAGAUGGACACACAGUUACUACCAAUGAACUCGACAGGUACCUUUCGCUCUCCAAAUCUGACUGUAGCUGUGCCGAAGGACAAAUUUUGCAGUGGUGGAAAACGCACGCGGUGUUAUUUCCAAGGCCGUCGGUAGCAGCCAGAAGAGUUGUCAGUAUUCCUGCCACUAGUGCUACCAGAGAGAGAAAUUUUAGCCAGGCCGGUCACCUGCUGUCCAGCAAAAGAUCGUGCCUGGAAUCAGACAAGGUCGAUGAUCUCUUAUUGAUCCAUCACAAUUACGAAGAAGUUCAAACUGCCAGCUGCAGUAAUAGCUCCAGGAACACAAAUGACGCCUGUGUAUCAGGGAGCACCAAUGACGAAAAACGAAUUGUAUAGUCAUGAUUCACUUGUAACGUUAUUUACAGGUCAUAAUUUGUUCAGAAAUUAACGUUUGUGCAACAAAAUUUCGUGAGUAUUACUUUUAACUCCGUCAUUUCUUCCCGAUCCUGCAUUCAAUAUUAGUACAAUGUAUACGUUGCCGAGUUUGGAGAUAGGCUACACAUAUUCCAUGAUUAGACUACUGUGUUCCCGUUUGUCU